UGAGGCAAGGAGAACAGCUGUCAUCUGUCAACAAGUGCCAUCACGGUCGUCCCCGUCCAUCUUCCUCUUUGUUUUACCAUUCAUAGCCAACUUAAACAGUCAGAAUAUCCAGACGGAAGAACCUGAGAGUCUGGAAGCGCCGACUCCGGAGACGAGAUGGCCAAGAAGAACCUAGGUAAAAAGACCCUGAAAAGUCUGUUCUCCAAGAGUGAGCCCAAGUUGGACGAAUCUGUAGAAGAGAAGGCUGCACACGAAGACAAAAAAGCAGGAGAGAAGAAAAAGUUCAAGUUUCCCAGUUUGAAGAUUAAGUCGAAGGGAGAUUCUGCGUCCGAGAAGUCCGCAGAUGAGAGCCAGCAGGUGCUCAGUCCUGCUAAACCUGCAGAGGAUGGAGAAGACUGGGCUAACGGCAUCCCCACAGACACCAAGAAGUCCACCCUCUAUGCCACUGCGCCCAGGUCAAAGGGCAAAGAAUUCAGCUAUUCAGAGUUGGAUCUCCGCAAGCCCAAAAGAUUUGCUACUUUCUCCUUUGGUCUGAGAAAGAAAAAGAAGAAAGAUGAUGAAAGUAUCUCUAAAAGCACUUUUGGCCUUCACAGCUCCGGCAUUGAAGAGCAAGAGGAGAAUGUGGACCUCAGUCAGAUGGAGGUGGAUCAGACUAACGUGAAGAGGAUGAUCAGCAUGUCCCAACCAGAGCUGGACACCAACGAAACUUUUGACAUCCCCUCACCCCCACCUGUGGCCGUAAACCAGUCUGAGUCAGCUUUCCCCCUUCCUAACCAAUCACAGUCAUCUGUUGUUGUAAACAUACAGCCUGAGCCAAAGGUUCCUCUGAUGGACAGCUGCGAUCUUUCUGAUGUGACAAAGGAAAUGCAGAAAGCGCCGAUUGCAACUAUUCCCGAAUUGCAGCUAGAGGAGGAGAAAGAGAAUGUGCCUGUUCAUGAUAAUGCAACUAAAAUCCACCUGAAUUCAUUUGAUGAUUUGUCUAAAACAGCGUCUGCCUCUGCUGUCGCUGCUGAGGCUGCACCUACCCUUCCAGCUAGAAUUAUGGAGACUAGCAUCUCAGAUUACAAAGCAGCAGAUCCCGAAUCUGUCCGUGGAAAAAGUGGCAUCCUCGAGCGUUCUAACACAAAAGAAGACUCCUCUGUCACUGACUUAACAAGUGUUACAUUAUCACAUAAUGAGCCAGAUGCACCUGUCACGGGUAACAACACAACUGCAAAUGCUGAAACUUCUCUGACAAACGCUGACGCCAAAACUACUGCCGUUAUUACAGAGCCAACUCCACUUUCUCACACUGACAACUCCGCUCUUAACUCGGAUUUUGCCGCAGGCCAUCACGAAGUCUCAACUGUUCACACUGAGACAUCUAUGUCGAAAACUGCUGAGAGUUCUACUUCAACUUCAGCUCUAAGUAGUAAAAAGACUACUCCUCCCGUCAAUCAAACCGUAGUUUAUGGAGCUUUGUACGAGUCUCUUUUUCCCCAGAGUUUUACCUCUGAGGUAAUGACUUCGCUCUCCACACCUCUCUCUAAAACCUAUACAGAGAUAAGACAUCUUGACACAAAAUCAGCUCCUGUCUUGGUUAAAACCCUUAAUGAACGUUACACAGAAGCCAACGCCGUAUAUUCCCCCCUGUCAACUUCAUCUUCUCACAGAGUGUAUGAUGCUCCAAGUGGUUACACAACCAUAAACACCAACAGAGAAAGUAAGGUGAUUUCUUCUACUUGGAGCUCCAGCACAGAUGACAAGACAAGUUCAGAGUCUCUUUACCACCACAGAGGAACCUCUUACAACAGUGCAACUUCUGAGCUGCAAACAGAACCUGAUGCCCUCUAUAGAUAUAAACCUUCUGCUGGAAUUUCCGCAUCUAAACCUGUUAGCCAAGACAAUAAUGUUCCUUAUUCACAGCUGACCCGCUUCCAUUCAGGAGUGAAAUUGGGCAGCUUUGUUCAGGACGCUGACAGGUCAGUAAACGCUGCCCCUCCUGUUUCUGACUAUGUAACGUCCCAUGAGACAGAUACUCAGGUUACCGACUCCAAACGAAAAGUGAUUCUAGUCAAGGAGCUAGUCACCGACGAGACCAGUGCCGACUCUGGCUGUCCAUCUCCCGUGUCUGAUAAAAUGGCUGCAAUGAGUGGUCUGGAGAUCAAAACUGAAAUGACUGAGAUUUUCUCCACCUCUGCCGGACAAAUGGACAGGCACGAUGCGGUUUCAAGCCCUGCGUAUCUUAGCGUAGGAUCUGAUGAUGGCAGUGCAAUGGAGGUUUACUACAGUGCCGAGGAAGGGAACGAAGAAGAGGAUGACGAGGUUUACACUGCAGUUGAAAGGAAAGAAAUCUGUUUUGCAGAUGGGAUGGGGAUGACAGAGGAGUUUCGACAGCGGGAGCAGAUGAUUGAGACGAGCACAAGAGAUGAAGGAGAUGGGAGGAGGUUGGUGGUUGUUAAAAUGCAGCGUUACGAAGACGAAGUGGACGGUGAUGAAAGGCUUUUGGAAAGUCGAGCUGACAUACAGCAACAACUAAGAGGUCAGAGGGCAGACGCUCAAGUGCAGGAAAAUGGUAUGUGCGAGUAUCGCGUAGGCACAGAAGGAAUGAGUCAGGAGAAAGAAGUUGCAGCGCUACCGAUGAAAGAAGACGGGGAAGAUGAGAGAAAGGAGGAGUUUCCGGCCACACCGGUUCAGCAGGUGAACACACUGGAGGAAUGUGAGGUUGGGCUAUCCUUUGGCAAGCAGCAUGGGCAGGGGGAGGGGGAGGGGUUGGGAGGAAGAUGGACUGCAGAAUUGGGAACAGAAAACCACCAAAACGGACAAAAACAACUCUAUAGCAACUGGGAGCCGUAUCUGUCACAAAAAGACAUAAGGAUUUCCGAAAUUACACAUUUUCCUUCCAGUAAAUAUGCAAUAACAACCAGAGCGGGGGAAGCAGAAGAGCUAGUUUCACUGACCGAGGAGGCAAACAAGAGAGGUGAUGAGAGCUCAGGAGCCAGCCCUAAUGCUACAAAAACCACAGUCACUGAAACCUCCAGUGGAGUGGAGGUUGUCACAGACUACUUGACACACAGCACUGAGCUGCAAUCAGAUGCCACAGGGACUGAACACAAUAGGGCUCUGCAGAGAAGUGAGGGGGUGGAUACAAUUACUCAGAGCGCAGAAAGAAACAGGACAGAGCAAGAGCAGGUGGCAGUCGAGCUGUCAGCCCCAAACACAGACGAACACCAUCCAGUUAAAGACACUGCAGACACAUUCGUGGAGAGAAACCAGGAUCCGCCAGAGGAGCAGCCUGAUCUGAAUGAGGGGUCUCUGACGAUUUUAAAGACCCUGACCACGACAUCUUCAGAGGAUCUGCCAACUACAGCUACUGUGGACUUGGGUGACAACAUGUAUAAGGUCUAUAGUAGUCUGAGCACCACCCUGUCUGCUAAGAACACAUCUGCACCUCAAGCAGAUGAGUCUAAAAACCGCAUCCACAAAGUCUCUUUGGUCUCUGAUGUUGGUAAGACUGAGGACAGCAAGGACACAGUGGACUUUAUGAGAACAAGCACCACAGUGACAGAGUCAAAUGGAAUCAACACUGACUCUGAAUAUAAAUGGAAAAACAGAUUUGAUGGCGUUUAUCAAUUUCAGUCUCAAACAUCAGAAUCUUCUCUUUCUGACUCUGUGAGUUACAGUAGAUCUGACACUUCCUCCACCAUCACCCCCUCAUCGUCUUCCUCUGCUCUCCCUGAGGCUACCACAUACAAAUCCCUCAGCACCACCCUUUCCUCCUCCCCCUCCUCCUCCCCCCCUCCUCCAGAGGAACAUAUCAUCCUUAGUGACCGGUUGAGUGACAAGAGAGAAGUCUACCUGAGCCGUGAGAGCGAGCCAGCAGGAGCAGCCCAGCCAAAAGAUGAGUGGAGGAGGAGCAUCAUAGAGGAGGAGGAGGAGAAGGAGGAGCCUUCUGCACCUGUAGGUGAAAGAGACAGAGAGAGAGAGGGAGAGGCAGAGAGGAUUAAGUCUCACAGGAGCUCAGAGGAGCUAACUGAGUCUGGGUACUCUUCCUCACAUCAAGCCAGCCCCGACGACACAAGUGGCUUCAAAGGAGACGACAAUUCCCCCCCUUUCACUGGAGUAUUUAAGGCGACGCUUGUGGAGCUGGUCUCUGACCCUGCAGCUCCUCCACCCUCUCCCCCUGCCUCCCCCGACGUAGACUCUCCUAACCAGUGUGACAUGGACACCCUAGUGGACACUCUGAAGAAUAUGGGACCAUCCAUGAGGCUGAGGACCAUGGGCCUCCGAGGUCCUGCCCCAGUCCUCGUUUCCUCCCUUCCACCCAUUGUUGAGGAUGCUCCAAACCCCUUCGCCGCUAACAUCACCGACCCCACGAAGAUGAUGAACGCAACAGGAGCUUCUUCUGAGUCUGUUGACGGACUUUACACUUUGCCUGCUGACCUGGGACUAAAGAGAAAUGCCGUGAGAGACACUCGUCCACCACUGGAGCUGAUGAAAUUCAACCAGCAGGACCAGCCUGGGACACGAAGCUUCAUGGACUUGCCCUACCUGAAUGGAAACGACCAGCCCCCCAGCGUAGGCUCUCGUCUGGAUAACAGCAUCAUCUUCUCAAGCUUCAGGUCAGCAUCUGUGGAUCAGAUGGUGGAAAACGGAAAGUCACAUCGCUCACUCAUCCGAGCCGCCUCGCUGCCAGAAACAGGACCUUCAAAUGAUCGCAUGAGUAUGGGACCGAAAGAUAUCACUGGACUCGGCCUCGGGACAGACCCAGCAGGCUCCCGAUUUGAGCGCUACUCCUUCCUUUUAAACUCUUCACCUUCCGCAUCAGGCUCCCUGACCGGCGCUGAAGACCUGAACUCUCGUUUGAGCAGGCCCCCGUCGCUCAGCCUCAGCUCUCCUCCUUCCAGCAACAGUCCAACCCAUCUCCUCAGCCCCACCGGCUCCAUAGACCUCCACAGGCCCUUCGCCACCACUGACUCCCCUAUGGCAAUGUUCAGUCCCACGCACAGCAUGGGUAUGGGUGCUCCCAUCCUACAGAGGAGCUUCAGCAAUGAGGGCACUAUGGGCAUCCAGCAGGGCCCAUUAACCAACAUGCAUGGAGGACCACAGUUCCAGGGCCAAGGACAGAUACAGGAUCCUGAGAAGAAUUUAAUUUGCAAAUACCGCGCCUUCCCUGAUGCUUAUCUAACUAAAGAGAAGGAACAUGGGAAGCUCAACCCUCGCCCUGGAAAGAUGUACAUCUUUGACCGGCCUGGGAUGUGCGGACAGAGGAUCGAGAUACGUAGUGAUGUUGUGGACGCCACGUCUUGGGAGCUGCAGGAGACCAUUUCCAUCAGAGUGGUUCGAGGAGGAUGGGUGCUGUACGAGAAGCCCAACUUUAAAGGGGAGAAGAUCGCCUUGGAUGAGGGCGAUGUCGAGAUCACCUACCCUUUCAACCCACCGGAGGAGGAGCUGCAAAAUGGGCAGAAGGAGAGUAAACAGCAGAAUGGUGAACAGAAUGGAGAAACAAGUGACGAGCAGACGGAGAGCAAGCCAACCAGAAGGUUUAUCAUCGGAUCUAUUCGAAGAGCUGUCAGGGACUACAGUGUACCAGAGAUCAGUCUUUUCCCAGAGGAGAACGCAGAAGGGAAGAAAGUCGUCUUCAGAGAUACAUCUGACGACGCCAGGAUCUUUGGUUUCCCCAUCAAGGCCAACUCCAUCAUCAUUAACGCUGGACUAUGGCUUGUUUAUGCAAAGCCCUUCUUCCAAGGUGUUCCACGAGUCCUGGAGGUGGGGGGAUACACCAAUCCUGCAGCAUGGGGAGUAGAACAGCCUUAUGUCGGAUCACUGCAUCCUCUCAAAGUGGGUGAACCAAGAGUGGAAAAUCUGACUGAGCCUAAGAUGGUGGUCUAUGAAAAGCCUUACUUCACUGGGAAAUCCAGAACCAUAACUACCCACAUGAAAGACUUCAUGACAAGAAUGGAAGCACAGCAGACAGCCUUUAUGUACAAUGUCGGAUCCCUUAAAGUAGUGGGAGGAAUCUGGGUUGGAUAUGAGAAGGCAGGUUUCCGAGGCCAUCAGUACUUGCUGGAAGAGGGGGAGUACCAAGACUGGAGGGUGUGGGGAGGCUGUGAUGCUGAGCUGCGCUCCGUGAGGGUGAUUCGAGCUGACUUUACAGACCCCCUGAUGGUGAUGUUGGAGCAGCCAGAGGAGGCUGGGGACGACAUGCAGGAGGAGAACACCUUCGAGGUGACAGAAGCCAUCCCUGACGUUGAGCUGUAUGGCUACAAAACCUCCACACGUUCAAUCCAUGUUGUCAGUGGGGCGUGGAUAGCCUACUCUCAUGUGGACUUCUCUGGAAGUCAGUACAUCCUAGAGAAAGGGCUUUAUAAUAACUGUGCUGACUGGGGGUCUGAGGACAACCGCAUCUGCUCAGUGCAACCAAUUCUAAUGGCUCCAAGAGAAAGCUCAAAGACCAGGAAUGAGAUAAUAUUGUACCGUGAGCCAGAUUUCCAGGGCGAGUGUCAAGUCUUCGGGCGCAACCGAGAAACCCUGCCAGAAAAACUACUGACCAAGUCCUGCAGAGUGACAGGAGGAAGCUGGGUCCUCUACGACAGUAAAGAGUUCUUGGGGAAUAUGUACGUGGUGUCAGAGGGGGAGUACCCCAACUUAACCAGCAUGGGGUGUCCCAUUAGCUGCACCAUUCGCUCCAUCAAGGCUGUGCCAAUGAUGUUUGCAGUACCCUCCAUUUCUUUGUUUGGGCUGGAGUGUCUGGAAGGCAAGGAGAUCACCGCCGACACCGAGGUCGUCAGCAUGAUGGAAGAAGGAUUCAACAACCACAUCCUGUCUGUCCGAGUCAACAGUGGAUGUUGGGUAAUAUGCGAACACAGUAACUACAGAGGGCGCCAGUUCCUGCUGGAACCGAUUGAAAUCACCAACUGGCCCAAGUUUAGCUCGCUGCAGACGAUCGGCUCCAUGUAUCCAAUCAGACAGAAGCGCUGUUUCUUCCGCAUUAAGAACAAAGAGAGAGAUCACUUCAUGUCCGUCCAGGGCGGUGUGGAGGAGCUGAAAUCAGGACGAGUGGUGGUGACGCCUGAGGUGGAGCCCAUGAGCGACAUCUGGUUCUAUCAGGACGGACUCAUCAAGAACAAGAUGGCUUCAAACAUGAGUCUUCAAGUGAUGGGCAACGUUGAGCCGGCAGCCAAGGUGGUUCUGUGGACGGAGACCAGGCAGCCCGUUCAGACCUGGACAGCCCAGACCAAAGGACUCAUAGUUAACUUGACUUUCCCUGGCAUGGUCCUGGAUGUCAAAGGUGGCAAAACAUACGACAAGGACCACGUGGUGAUCAUGCCAGAGAACGAAGAAAGACCAAGCCAACAAUGGGAGAUAGUGCUCUUGUAACAACCUACUCUUUGCUCAUCUUCACUCAGCAGUGCCUUUCUUUUUAAUACCCGAAUAUUCCUGGAAAAAUCAGGGACCAAAUACUGCCACUGUCUGCCUUCUUCAGUGCCUUUUAGCUCGACUUUUUAGCCGUGAUCCUCGUGAAUAGCGUGAACUUUGCAACAGCGAGUGCAAUGCAAUUAAGAAACUCAGUCCCUGACAAAUAUGUUCACAAAUUUGUACUGUUUUGUAAAUCCUGACUUGUUUUGUGAAGUUGUUGUGUAGUUACAUAUCUGAUGAUCAUUUCUGUGUUCUUGGGGUACGUGCUGACUGUGCCUUAACUCACUGGGCUCAUUUGGAAUAUAUUUGAAAAAAAAAAAACAACGUUCUUAUGUAUGUAUUGACCUUUCAGUGAUACUUUGACCUUUUAUGUUCUGUAUCAUUUGUCAAUAAUUUGAGUAUUCAAACUAGAAUCUCCUUUUAUGCUUGAAUCUAGGACCAUGCAAAUAUGAUCUGAUGCACUUGCAGCUGAUGCUUAGUUAAAACUGUUUACAAUGGACGAAACUUAAGUUACAACCUUCUUAAUGAUACACUUUUCUCUGGAGUAAACACCAAGGAUUAACACUGAGAACGAUACUGGACAGAUAAAGCCAAACAAACAUGUACAUUUACUCUUUUUAAAUUGUAUUUUUGUUGAUUUGUUGAUCGUGUAGUACAAUGAACCGGGUUAUGUGUGUGUCUGUCUGAGGUGUGUGUAUCUAUUAAGAAGUUAUUUUCAUUGUUGGAAAUAUUGUUACAUUAUUUUGCUGAAGAUGACCUAUUAUUGAAACUGUUUUAUGUUGCUAUAUUUGAUACUUAUGAUAUGAUGACAAAUGUUAUGAGGGAAGAGGUUUUAAAAUAUUAAAUAAAAAUAAAAGCUGUUAAAAUAAGUAA